UAGAAAAAGAAAAGAAAACAAAAGGAAAAAAAAGAAAAGAAAAGGAGAAGUCUACUCCCAAAACCUCUCUCGCUCCAAACCGAUUCUCCGUAUCCCGAUCGCUACGAAUUAUUUCACCUCUUUCAAUCGUCGCGGCGCCGAUAGUACUUUUUUGUAAAUUUUGGCUCUCAAUUUGAGUGAUUAUCUAGAGUGGGAAAAAAUAGGUCGAAGAUGGGGAAUCAACGACCGACGACUAGGAGUAAAAAUAAGAGGAGUAGAGUAGACGACAAUGCGGCCACUACCUCCGAAAUUUUCAGGAAGAUUCUUGCAAAUGGGGAAGUCACAGAAGAUGACAUUAACCAGCUAUACAUGAUAUGGAAGCCUGUGUGUCAUGGAUGCCGAGUUAACUCCAAGGACAACCCUAAUUGCUUCUGUGGCCUGAUCCCACCUCCUAAUGGAAGUCGAAAAUCUGGAUUGUGGCAGAAAACAUCAGAAAUUAUCUCUUCCCUUGGCCCCAACCCAUCCAUUGACCUUCGUGCAUCCCCUGGAACACCAGCAGGACUCACAAAUCUUGGUGCUACAUGCUAUGCCAACAGCAUCCUGCAAUGCCUGUACAUGAAUAAAUCAUUUAGACAAGGUGUUUUAUCUCUUGAUCCUGAAGUUUUAGAAGGAGAGCCUGUCCUCAAUAACCUUGCAAGGCUUUUUGCCCAGCUACAUUCAAGUAAGAUGGCCUUCGUGGAUUCAGCACCAUUUAUCCAAACACUGGAACUAGAUAAUGGUGUUCAGCAAGAUAGCCAUGAGUUUUUGACCUUGCUGUUUUCUUUACUUGAGCGCUGUUUGAGCCGAUCCAAAACUCCCAAGGCCAUAACAAUUGUACAUAACCUUUUCCGUGGAGGUGUCUCACAUGUGACCAGGUGCUCAAAAUGUGGAAAUGAGUCUGAGGCUUCGUCAAAAAUUGAAGACUUCUAUGAACUGGAGUUAAAUGUCAAAGGUUUGAAAAGCCUAGACGAGAGUCUGGAUGACUACCUUAGCAUUGAGAAGCUUCAAGGAGACAAUCAGUAUUUCUGUGAAGCAUGUACCAUGCGAGCUGAUGCUACCCGUUGCAUUAAGCUGCGGUCACUGCCUGCUGUUCUAAAUUUUCAGCUCAAGCGUUGUGUUUUCCUUCCAAAUACAACCACGAAGAAAAAGAUAACUUCAGCAUUUUGCUUCCCUCAAGAGCUUAACAUGGCACCAAGGUUAUCAGGAUGUCAACAAACAGAUUUGAUAUAUGAUUUGGCUGCUGUCUUGAUACACAAGGGCUCUGCUGUUAAUACUGGCCAUUAUACAGCCCAUAUAAAGGACGACAACACUGGUUUGUGGUGGGAAUUUGAUGAUGAACAUGUGUCCAACCUGGGAAGACAGCCAUUUGGAUCCUCUCCAUCGACUUCAGGGGCUAAAGCUGGGCAAAAUGAGUCAGCUGACUGCUCUGUAUUGUCAAAAGAGAUGGAUGUCCCUGUGAACGGAAAUCAUGUAUGCGCUAGUGAGACACAUAUAUCAGAAUUAAAAGGUGCUAAUCACUUACAAACGUUUUCAUCAAAUGAUGCAUAUAUGCUGAUGUACGUCCUUAGGCACUCAAGUUUUGGUGGAGAAAAGUCUAAGGAUGAUAAGUGCAAGAUGGAAAUAGAAAGUUCUACAAUUUCGCAAACACUUGAUAGUCCUCUUCCAACCCAUCUUCUGAAGGAGGUAGAAUUAUCGAAUGCAGUAUAUCUUGCUUCUUGUGAAGAAUACACAUCAAAGAAGGAGGCUGAGAUGAGCUGUAUUAUGAAGCGGAGACAGGAGGUGCGCUCAGUCCUUUCUGAGGCUCCUGUCUUAUCUAUUGAGAAGCACUACUACUGGGUUUCGACCGAGUGGCUUCGCCAAUGGGCAGACAAUGUUACUUCAUCGGCUAUCGACAACACAUCUAUACAGUGCUUGCACGGAAAGGUGCCAGUUUCAAGGAUUAAUAAUAUUAAGCGUUUGUCAACUGAAGCUUGGACUGGUUUAUUUUCUAAGUAUGGUGGGGGUCCAACAUUAUCCAAGGGAGACCACUGCAAUGACUGCAUCUUUGAGAUGGGUAGUAAAGUGAGGCGUGCAAAUAUUUACAGGGAUCAAAGAUUAUUAAUGAAAGAACUUGCAGAGGCAGCACUUUCUGGGGAGCCUUUGGAUAGCGAGUUGUUCUUUAUAUCUAAGUCAUGGCUGCAGCAGUGGCACCGGAGGAAAAAUAUAGACCUACCAUGCGAUGCUGAUUCUGGACCUACUGCUUCCAUUAGGUGUAUCCAUGGUGAACUUUUGCCUGAAGAUGCUCCUGGUGCUAAACGUUUACUAGUGCCUAAGAGUCUCUGGGAUUUUAUUCAUCAAACUGCAAUAACAGUGAAGCCAGAUGACCAUGUAGGCUGCUCAUCUUUCCCAUCAGACUCUGAACAAUGUGCUAUAUGCAGUGUUGCACUUAAAGAAGCUGCAUUCUCUGAAGGAAAUUUGAGAGAUCUCAGGUUGAAGCAGAAGCAGAAUCAUGAAAAAUUAGCUAUGAAUAAAGCAAUAGCUCUUCAUCCAAAUACCAAAUACUAUAUUUUACCCUCAUAUUGGCUUUCAAAGUGGAGAAGCUACAUUAAUGCUAGUGGAAAGAGUGCUUGCUCUGUAGAACUUGAUAUUUUGAACACCGUUAUUGACAAGCUUCUGUGUGAGAAGCAUUGCAAGCUAGUUGAGAGGCCCCCAGAGCUCUUAUGGAAGCGUGAACUUGUUUUCCAAAAGUCAGUUGCUACAGAUGGACUAACACUCAUUUUAGAGGAUGACUGGAGAUUACUUUGUGAAGAAUGGGGUGGCACAGUGUCCAAAUGUAUUUCAGCAGAAAUUGAGAUUGGUAAUUGUAUGGGAGAUAACAUGAAAGGUUCUAAUGAGGAGAUGCAAUUGUCCGAGGACCAUAUGAGUGCGCCCGAUGAUGUUAAUAUGGGUCUUUCUAGGAGGCCAAUCGUUAAGACUUCUCCUCAGAUCUGUGAAGAAUGCAUUGGUGAAAGAGAAAGCACUGAGUUGAUGAAGAAACUUAACUAUAUCAAUGAGGACAUAUGUGUUUGUUUAGUUCGUGGAAAAGAACCCCCAAAAUCAAUCUUGGAAGCUUCAUGCAGUAUUUCAGAUCCAAGCCGCCGAACAUCUAAGCGGUCAAGAAAAGCAUCAUAUGGAAACUCUGCAAACAUGAAAGUUUCUGCAUCCACGUCUAUAUAUCAGCUGAAGAUGAUGAUAUGGGAAUCCUUUGGGGUUGUUAAGGAAAACCAAAUACUCCACAAAGGCUCCAAAAUACUUGAUGGAGAAACAGCUUGUCUUGCUGACUUGAAUAUUUUUCCUGGAGACAUUCUGUGGGUGACUGAUUCAAUGAUUCAUGAAAAUCGUGAUAUUGCUGAUGAGCUGUCGGAUCCAAAUCUCAAUAUACAAAAGGAAGAAGGGGGGUUUCGUGGUACACUUCUCACAUCAACUAUGUCACAUCAGGCAGCUGUCUCUGAAGCAUGUUUAAAUUAGGAAAGAUUUCGGUCUGCUUUGUCUUUGGAUUUUGAAGCUGAAAGAAAAUCUUACCUUUGUUUUGAAGCUGUGGUUUUCAACUUGAAUGAGACAACAAGGAAGCAGAACACUGGAGUAGCUUGUUUUAAUGUAUGUACCAAGAUUCUGGAGAUUGCUUUGUUCGUUUCUUCAGAAAUUGCCCGACUAUAACCAUAUUAGGCAGUUGUAAUGUUGGCGAGGGCAAGGUUUUGAUACAUAAUAUGAAUACAAUCACAGGGAUUGCCCAUUGUAUUACAUAUUUAAAUUGAUUUUGUAUUACUAGCGUCUUUUGGAUAUUAAAUGAUAUAUUAUGUUCGUCUUGUUAUUUGGUAGGAAUUUGAGAUAAAGUUACUUUUAUCUA